ACACCCGUCAUCCUAUUUAGUGUGGGACGCGACCGCGCGAGGGCCAGUGAACGUAACCAAAUCUGUGGAAGAGGAGCUAUCUUUGAGCUUAAAGGGACACCACGUUGAAGACGCAGUCUCUAAAAUGUCGACCAGCGUGGACAGCAAUUGUGGAAAGUAUGACUUCUCUGUGCUCUGCCGACACUGUGACCAAGAAAGCUCUGAACCCAUCCCCUGCCAGCUGACAGGAACACUGCCUGAGUGGCUGAAGGGACAGCUCAUCUACAAUGGGCCUGGUCUCGCCAAGGUUGGCCAAAAUGAAUAUCGUCAUGCCUUUGAUUCCUCGGCUUUACUCCAGAAAUUUGAGAUUUCAGAUGGAAAAGUCAUGUACAGCAAUCGUUUUGUGCGGUCAAAAACCUUCGAACAGAACCAAGCAGCUGGUGCCAUCACAAGAGCCGAGUUUGGCACUCCUGCCCCAGCUUCAAAGGGCAUGUUCUCAAGGUUUUUAGAUGCCAUGGAUCCUGAGAAGAUGUUUUCUGACAAUGCCUUAGUAUCAGUCAUUGGCAUUGGUGGUCAGCACUUUGCCAUGUGUGAAACCCCAUUCAUGAUCCAAGUCAACCCAGACAAUCUUGAUACUAAAGAGAGAAUAAAUGUCAACAAGAGAUAUGGGUUGAUGACGCAGAGUCCCCACCCUAUUUUAGCAAGUGAUGGAGUCUACACCGUGGGUCAGGGUGUUGGGGUGACAGGACCCAAAUAUAGCAUUCUCAGAUUCCCUCUUGAUGGCAACCUGAAGCAGGGGAAGAUUGUGGCAACUGUACCAGCACGUUGGCGACUCUCUCCAGCAUACAUGCACUCUAUGGCUAUGACUGAAAAUUAUGCUAUUCUUAUUGAACAACCAUUAGCAGUGUCUCUCUCAGAAUUGUUGAGUGAUAUUGUAAGCAAUGCACCGUUCAUUGAUGGCCUCAAGUGGCACAAUGAUCCAGUGCUCAUUCACAUUAUUGAUAGAAAAACCUGGAAGCAAGUGAAAACAAGAUACAUCACAGACCCAUUCUUCUUCAUGCACGUAGCCAAUGCUUAUGAAGAAGGGGAACACAUCGUAAUUGACAUGCCAACCUACAAGAAUUCUUCAAUGUUGCACAACAUGUUCAUUAAAACCCUUAGAGAACAGCGAGGGAGGAACACACAAGAGUAUGUAGAUUCCUUCAGGUCAACAAUGCACCGAUUUGUUAUUCCUCUUAAUACUAAAGGCAAGGAGAAGUUGAUCACCCUCCCAGGAACUUCUUGCACAGCUUCUUGGUCUGCACAGGAGAUUGUACUUCAGAGUGAGAAGCUAACUCACAUCCCAAUUGAGAACCCAUGUAUUAACCCAACGAAGAGAGCUACAAAACAUCAGUAUCUUUGGGGUAUGGGACCAAAUCCUGAUGGAGGAGAUUCAGGCCUCGUGCUGAAACUGGAUACUUUUUCUGGAGAAAACAAAAUAUUUACUGAAGACAAAUUAUAUUGUGGUGCACCAGAGUUUGUCGCAAAACCAGAUGCUGCUAACGAAGAUGAUGGAAUUCUCUUGCUGCAGUGUAUUGAUUCACAACAUGAGAAGAAAACUUAUCUUCUGGUUUUAGAUGCUGCAAAUAUGACUGAAAUAUGUCGGGCAUCCGUGAACACUCCAUCAGCUGUUCCAAUGCCUCUGCAUGGUCAUUACAUUCCUGCCUCUGAAGAGUAAGCAACCUGUGAUAUACAGUACAAUAAAUGUCAUCAAAAGCUACUGCUGGCCAAAGUGCUAAACAUAGAUUUUCAUAUUGAUAACCGGUUCAUUUAUAUCCCUCUUGCUAAAUUUAACUGCUUUUGCAAGGAUUAUAAUUUUAACAUUAACCAAAUGUACUCCCUUGGUUUGAACUAUUUAAUAUUUUUGUUUGCCUUUUAGUCUGCCCUUUAUUGCAGUCACUUAAUACCAGGUUUUUCCUAACUUAAGAUCACUGCCACCAGACCACAAGACAGUAUGUGUAGUGUUCUUUGGGUAGCUGGCAAGCAGUCUAGGCACUGUGAGUUCAUGUUUCUCAUUAAUCAAGUUGAGAAUGGAAGGAAGGGUGAAACACCAACCAGUAUCUUAACUAAUUUAUUUUAGACAUGUUAAAAGUAUUGCAUUGUCACAAUACAAAAAUAGUUGAACCACACAAAAAUACUUGACCUUCUUCCCAAUACUUAGGGUCUUUUCUCUAUACUAAAUUAUUGACCUCCUUAACUAGCACUCCUCCAAUAUCACCAAAAUACUCGAUAUCACCUUAAUAAGGAGCACUUGAUAAUACACACAAUACUUACUGUAGCUCAUUCUUAGCACCAAGGUACACACAGCCAGUACUCGUCUCACGCUCUACUCUUGUUAGUUAGACGAGAUCCUUCCCGGACAUUCAUACCAGGACUAGUUCUGCGUCCGAUAUCAUUAGGUCACUUAAAGUAGCGACCGUAAGCACAUAAAGUAGCAACAACGUCUCUUCACAUCCAGGGUGCCGUAAGUGUGAGAUAUCCAGAAAUCCUUAUUGGAGGUUGCAUAGUGGUCCCAGGCAUUACCCACAACACUAGGUGGGCUCCUCAAAGUAGAACAGUGGUUGCUGGGCCAAGCAUUCCCUUCGACCUCGCUUGCCUGCAUACAUGGUCGACACAGCUCACCCUCUCCCAUACAGGCCCAUACACCUGCUCGUUUAAGAUGCGGGGAGUUACUGAGGGUAAGCCUCUGCCUCUCCCACAUGACUAGGCCUAUGGGUGCCAAUGUUUACAAAUCACCAUGUCUUUUUUCUGGCCCCCACAUUUACACUUUCUUAGAUAUUGUGACUUUAUGCCUUAUAGUGUAUAUCUUUUUCUCGAAACUGAAGCCACGGGCGAUUUGGGCGUCAGAACGAACAAAACCUUGGUUUUUUCGCUUGGGUAUAUCCACCUCACUUUAUUCAGAAUGUGUGGUUCCUCCCCCACACUUUGCAGUUGUCUUAACACUUUCAUAAGAUUCUCCAAUCAUUGCAUUGUUCGUAGCUAUUCGUCACAUGGGGUAACGAGGUGUAUUGGGCUCACCCUGUGGUACACAAGAUAUUUUCCUUGGAGUACAUUUAUCCUUUUUCCAGAUCAUUGUUCUCUCAUAUUUUCCUCUUGAUACCUGAGGUAGCUAUGUUUACUAAUCGUACACAGACAUAAAUACCAUAACCUUCAGACACGGUCGCUCUUCUUCACAAUACAGUAGUUACACUAGUCCGUACCAAUUGGGCCUUCCCAAUCAUCAUAUAGGUACCUUGAGUUCUCCCUUUAUAUUAUCAGUAUGCAUAUGCAAGUUUAUGUGCACAGACCCUGGUAUAAUUUGUAAAAAACUACAGCUUACGAAUUGCCCCUUCCAAAUGUUAACCGUUUUGUGACAUUACCCACUAGAAAACAUUGAUAUUCCAAUAGCACAGUGAGUUUGAAUAUUAUGCAGUUGUAAUAUGAAUCAGAAGAGGUUAUAGAGCAGUACUAAAGUAUGCAGUUCAUUAAUACUGUAUUAAAUGUAAUGGAAAGAGAUUAGCUUGGAAAUUGUUGAAUGUUCAAACUCAAAACAUAUUGUGUUGUAGGAGAAGUGGUCAGAUUCUCCAUUCAAUAUUUAAUAUUAAAGACUAGUUUUUGUUGAGGUUCAUUGUUUAAUAUGUUUGUAAGAGACAUAAAAGAGAAUUACCUGUAUAUUACUAUACUAUACUGUACUGUACAAUACAAUACUUUUAAAAAUAAUCUUAAGACUGUAUAAUUUUAUCAAUGAUUCUGGAAUCAUGAAUGAGGACAUUAGCAAGCUUUUCAAAGAUAGUUUUAGAUAAUUAUUUUGCCUACAUAAUUGUUUUCACAUUGCUAGUGACCCACAGAAGAAAGCAAAGCUUCAGGAUGUAUGAUGAUGCAUGUUCCUCUCUGUAGUAACCAUCUUUGCUAUUACACAAUCAUGAAAUUACAUUAGAACCUGGCAAUUAAUCCAUACCAAUAGUAACAAUGUAAUAUCUCUUGUUUGGAAUUGUUCUAAUCUACCAGUUGUGAACAUCUUGUUGUGAGUGUGUUGGUGCUUAUGUGUAUGGUACACAAGUGUGCAUGUGUACAUACAUACAUACAUGUGUGUGUGUGCGCGCAUGUUUAUGUGCAUGCGUGACUCUCACUUCCGUGUGUAGUACAUAUAUGCACAGGUAUGAGCACAUGCACAAAAAAUUGAGCAUAUAGAUAGUCUUCCAUGAAUUUCUAUGUACUUACUUACAAGCACAAACAUAUGUAUAAAUAUACAGGUAGUACAUCAUCAUAACUCGCCUCUUUGUCCUGCCCUUCUGCAUUCCUUCCUUUUACCUAUGGCUGUACUUGGUUCAUCAACUCCUAUUUCCUCUCUUGCACUUUUCCUUUCCUUAUAACCAGGGAUGAAAAUGGGGGUACACAUAGGUAUAUGCCACAUGCCUAGUUUCUGAGCCAUAUUUUUUUUUUACUUACAUACAGUAUUUUCAAUGCUACUUAGAAUGUGUAUUGAAUCGCAGAAGUUUUAAGAUUGGUAAUAUAUUUACAGUAAAAUUAUAUGUAUGACAAAACCUUCAAAUAUUUUGCUUGGUUGGUGGACCCUUUCGUAUUUUUUCCAUCUCUCAAGCAUGUGCCCAGUUUCUGAAAACCAUUUACAUCACUGUUCAUACUUUAGUUACAUUUGAAUAGAAGGCUUACACAUUACCGACUUAAUUACCGAUAUAUUUAAUUAUUUGCCACAUACUUUUUAUGGUGGGUUUAGUAUGGGAGCAGUCAAAGUUAUUACCGUACAAGGUAUAUUAUUAUGCUGAACAUUAUGGAAUUAGCUGUACUGUAACUUCAUUAUUAAAGCUGUAAUUGGCAAAGUUGUUUUUACAUGGGUACUGUACUUAUGCCACUUCAUUCAUCUUAAAGCUUUGUUCUAUUUUAAGCAACUCACUCCUGGGAAUAUUUUAACAUGCAUUAGAACCACUUUUCCAUGGUGCCUUUAUCCAUGCAUUGUUUUCACUCGUGCUCUCCCCUCACAAUAUCCUUUAUAAAUUUGACCUGUUAGAAUGUUCACCUGUACAGUAUCUGGAGUGUAUGAGAGACUCGGUGGUAAUAAAGAAUAUUUUGUUAAAAAUCCUUGUUCUUAUUAGAUAACAUUGUAUUCAAUUACUUAUUACUACAGGUUGACAAUCCCUUAUCCGAAAUCCUUGGGGCAGAAUAAUUAUUAUUACUAUUACAUUUUGGCCCCCUAGGCCCCGAUGUGGGUCAGUGAUCUAUGCCCGGGUGGGCUGAUCCCUGUUAAGAAAAAAAAAAUAAAAUAAAAUAAAAAAUCGGUUUUCAGAGCGUUUCGGUUUUCGGAAUUUCGGAUAAAGGGUUGUCAACCUGUAAUGCAUUUUCUAGUUUUUUACUCUACUAUGCUGUAAGGAAUGUUUACAACAAGACAUUAUUACUAUUACAGUACAGGCAUUAUAUUCUGAUAGAUACAGUUUGUUAUUGGCUACAUAGAAAGCAGUCACUUAAGUGAAGUAGAAGUACAGUGGAAUACAGCAUUAUGAAUAUUAUUACUUAAAUGAAACAUAUUAUGACCAUUUUCUUAUUUCCUUAUUGUCUUAAAUGUCUAUUUCUUAAAUAGCCAACUGUGUUCAUUGAGACACAGUAAGCAGUUUCUUUGCUGGCAGGAAAGUUACCUCUAGGUAGUUUAUACUUUACCACUUUAAUAAUUUUCAUAUCCCCACGAAUUUGUGGGUGUAUGCUGAUAUCGCAGUGUCAGUUGUAUUUAAUCAUGUGUUUUAAGCUUUUGAUUCUAUAUUUUUACUUUUACUUGAUGUUUUCAUUGUUGAACAUUUUUAAUUACUGUAUUGUAUAACAAAAUACAAAGAAGUUCACUUAGCUAGUUUUAUGGUUCCUUGAUAUCCAAAUUGUUUCUAACCAGAUGUAGGCACCUCAUUCUCGUGUAGGCAGAGCUUUUGAUGUUAACUCUGAUGUUACACAAGUUACCAUACACAGAAAGGCAGAGGAGGUGAUGAUAUGUAAAGCAUAGCUGUAUAAAUCUGAACACCAGUCUCUUAAGGUGCUAUAUUAUAGGGCAGUCAUAUACAGUUCUACUUGCAUAGUUGUUUGGUCAUGGAAGUUAAUGUACAUGGGUAUAGGCAAUUCCAUUUUGGACACAUUUGCCACUUUUCUUAGUCCAUAGUCCACCAAAGACUAAAGUUUCCAGUUUUUUAUUUUAGUUUUCCCUGUUUUUAUUUAUAUAUUUUCCUUUUAAUUUGUACUCGAGUCAGCCUUCAUGCUUUUCAUUUGUAUUAUCUGUUAAUGCAAAGAAAUUGCAAACCUGCUUCGUUGAUAUGAUUGCCAGUGUAUUAAGAACUCGCCACUACUUGUUUUGAAUCUUUUUGGUUUGACCUUUGUUACUGAGAGGCUUGGAAAAAAUUAUUAACCAUACCAUGUUCAUAUAAAGUAUAUAUAUGAUACGACCAAAAGUCGAUUGAAUGUUUAUUACCGAAAUUUGUGGAGAAAGUUUAUACAGAAAUUUAUAAGUGUCUAGAUACUGUAUAACCAGUCUGGUCUCUAGACUUUCUGGAUGUUUAGGUGUACAGUAGCUCAAAGGACUACUGUAUCCUGUAUAAAUAAAAUGUCUAGUUAUUAUAUACUCAAAAUACUCAAUCUCUAUGAACAAAAUGUUCAGAUAAGGUUUUUUAACAAAAUUUCUCAGGUAAUGUUGAAAACUUAUUCUAUAAGCAAUAGUUCGCUGUAAUUAUAUAAUUGUAUAAAUACAGUAAUAAAAAAAAUUAAGUAUACAGUAUAUAUAAUUUACAAAUGUCCUUAAAUCGACUAAACAAAAAUUGUACAAAGGCAAAUUUUGUUAUAUGGUGAGAAGCUUUAUUUUUAUGAGGAAUAUACAGUAUUUCUAAGUAAAUACAGGUAAUAGAUAACAUUUCGGUGAUUACCAAUGUUAUUAAAAUAAAGUCUAUGAAUGUGAUACAUUCCAUUUACCUAUCUUAGAUAUGUAUUGAAGAAAGACUUAAAGGAUAUUUAGGCUAUAUACAGUACUGUACAAUAUACAGUAUAUCCUCGGGACUAUAAGUGUGUCAUAAGAUUUUGUAUCCUUUAACUGGUUCUAAAUGAGAAUUAAGCUGAAGCUGUAUUAUAUAGAAAUAAACAAUUAUUGAAGAAAAAUGAGCUUAUAAACCGAAGUUAAAUAAUAUUUAUGUAAUACUAGGUGAUGUGCAAAGAUAACUUCUUCCAGGUUGUAUUGUAUUUAAACUUUGUAUUGCUGGAUCAUUAGGACUUUCAUAUCAGAGAGGGUUGUGUAUUGUACUGUAAUGUCAACAUUAUGACAGUUGAUCUUACAAGCUUGUACUGCACUUUGAUAUUUGUAUCUGUGGUUAUAUAUUUUUGGUUUAUUGUCUUUCAGUAAGUUUACCUUAUAAUUGUUAUAUAUUUCAGGAAAUAAAUACCAUGCAGUAUCUUGCUUCUUUAUCAGUUCUUUAUUAUAUGUAAGAAGAUAAGAAGAUUCAAGCUUGAGCUGAAUGUUGAAGACUGUGCAAAAUAUGUAGUUGGAAUACAGUCUUACAUUGUUUUAUGGGCUUCCUACUAUAUAAUGAAUUUAUACGAACAAGCUUUUUGCACAAAUAAAAUGAAAUGCAAA